AUGUGGCCGUUCUCACAGCACUCGCCCGAACGCGAAUAUGUCUCGCUCAUGUACAAGACGACUGCUUGCUACGCCAGCUGGGACCCUUUGAGGCCUGUACACGUAGGCGAUUUCGGCCGACUUCAAGACGAUGGGUCUUUCGCGCCGCAUGGCAACAUCUUCGCUGAAGGCCUCGCCGGGAAGUACAAGAUCGAGAAGCACACACAAGGACAAGACAAACUCCGCUAUGUCGUUUCCAACAACGGCAAAGAGGUCUCUGUGGCACCGGAUGUAGAUAUUUCUCUGGAAAGCAUCGUCGAAGGGCACAUCAAACACAAAGUUACAUUCUCCAAGGGUCGCGGCGCGCUCCUCGCCAUGCUGAAACCCCGCCUUACCACUGUAACCUACCCGGGUCGUCUGUCUCGCCUCCUUGCUGACCGCGAGUGGUCGGACUUUGUCCUCGUGUCUGAGGCCUACACGUGCAGAUCGUACGCUCGUCUCCUCACCUCUACCUCGUCGAAGGAAGUCACUGUCGGUCUGGGUGCGAGCUUGCCCGUCGCGGCUGCCGCAGGCGUGCCGGUCAACGUGGGCGGAGACAUUGACGUCCAUUGGCACACGGACGCCCAUAGCGGAGACUGGAAGUGUGCCCAUCACGAACCCGUAAUGCGUCGAGGCGUCUCAUCUACUGCGGAGGAAGACAAGCUCAGCAAUGAAGAGAACGGGAGUGAGCCUCUUUGCUACCCCCUCUUCAAGCUUGUCGCGAUUCGUCGACCCUUCGGCUCCCCUGUUUCUACCGUUCGAGCAUUCGACUUUGAGCUCCCAAACGUGGUCCCGCCCUGGAUGAAGGAUCCGAAAGAGGAGAAAGAAGAGGCCGAGAACAAUGAUGCGACCAUACCGACAAGGGGCGAGGAGGUACCGGAAUACUCUUGGAGAGACUUAUUCAAGUCUUUGACGUCGUGGAUUUGCUCCCAGGUGUCGGCUGUGUGA